AUGCCUCUGUCCCGCGUCUACAAGCUCACAGAGGCGCAAAAGCUCAUGUAUAAUGCUGAGAAGGAGGUCAACUUCCGCUGGAUUGCGAAAGUGUUCGCUACGCGCUCUUCGUACUUGCUUUCGGAGAAUGAUCGAGCAUCGCCUGAACUCGUCGACGAACUUGCAGAGCUAGGAGAAUUUGCGGAAGUAGCCUAUGGUUUCUUACCAAUAACAACUGUCUUCGAGCAGUAUGAUGUGCUCUCGCAAAAUGGCUUCCCGUUAGCGGAACAUCGAGCGCUACGAGGCGGCCGUCUCGUCACCGCGUUGAUGGGAGACGUUGCAAGCCUGAAGGGGUAUAUUGCAUUCAGACCUGAACGCAAUCAACUUGUCAUUGCGUUCUCUGGCACGCAGAACUGGAUACAAGCACUCUAUGAUGUACACGGUUCUCGUCGCAGGUAUCCGCUCGGUCGCGGGUGCAAGGUUCACAGAGGUUUCUGGAAGCUCUAUUGCGGUAUACGGAAACACGUCGUGGAAGGCAUUCAGAAUGCACGAGAGCAGUACAGCUUCGCAGAAGUUGUUUUCGCUGGCCACAGUAUGGGUGCUGCUAUGGCAUACCUUACAUCACUCGAAGCUCUCAAUACGUCGGACAUGUUGCCUCCAGGAGUGACUAUAAAGCUGGCGGCAUUUGGAGGUCCCCGAGUGGGCAACAAACGACUGUGCGAAUUCUGGAGAGAAUCGGUUGAGAGGUAUCGAAGCACCCACGGUUCUAAUUCAUUGCAAGAGUACUUUGUGAAGGCUUACAAUGACGGAGUCCCAGCGCUUCCCCCCGAGAGGUUUGGUUAUAAACAUUUCUGUCAAACACCUCUCUACCUUGCCUUCGGGCGAAUGUAUCAUGUUCCAAUCAGCGAAUGUGAAUACUCGUCCAUGUCUGUCGCCGAGUCAGAGCUGGACAGCGAUGAAGUGCCCUUUCCGAGAGGCGGGCAUAACUACUACAAUGGUCGGAACAUGGAACGCCUUGCUCGAAGGAUGGAUAUGCUCGCGGUAGAAAUGACAAACGGCCCAGGAUGGGAAGACCGCUAUCGAACAAAGAUGAUGAAGUCCGAAGGGCGCUUUGGUAGCUGAUCGGGCUGAUGCUGUAAUAUGACCAUGAACUUGGCGAUUCGAGGC